UCGAUGCCCCCGCAGCAGGGGGACCCCGCGUUCCCCGACCGCUGCGAGGCGCCUCCGGUGCCGCCGCGUCGGGAGCGCGGGGGACGCGGGGGGCGCGGGCCUGGGGAGCCGGGGGGCCGAGGGCGCGCGGGGGGUGCCGAGGGGCGCGGCGUCAAGUGCGUGCUGGUCGGCGACGGUGCGGUGGGCAAAACGAGCCUGGUGGUGAGCUACACCACCAACGGCUACCCCACCGAGUACAUCCCCACUGCCUUCGACAACUUCUCCGCGGUGGUGUCUGUGGAUGGGCGGCCCGUGAGACUCCAACUCUGUGACACUGCCGGACAGGAUGAAUUUGACAAGCUGAGGCCUCUCUGCUAUACCAACACGGACAUCUUCCUCCUCUGCUUUAGUGUCGUGAGCCCCUCAUCCUUCCAGAAUGUCAGCGAGAAAUGGGUGCCGGAGAUUCGAUGCCACUGUCCCAAAGCCCCCAUCAUCCUAGUUGGAACGCAGUCAGAUCUCAGAGAAGACGUCAAAAUCCUCAUUGAGUUGGACAAAUGCAAAGAAAAGCCAGUGCCUGAAGAGGCGGCUAAGCUGUGCGCUGAGGAAAUCAAAGCCGCCUCCUACAUCGAGUGUUCAGCCUUGACUCAAAAAAACCUCAAAGAGGUCUUUGAUGCAGCCAUCGUCGCUGGCAUUCAAUACUCGGACACUCAGCAACAGCCAAAGAAGUCUAAAAGCAGGACUCCAGAUAAAAUGAAAAACCUCUCCAAGUCCUGGUGGAAGAAGUACUGCUGUUUCGUAUGAUGCUGGCAAGACACCCAG